AUGGACUGGUGUCUCCUGCCUCCACCCACUGAGGCCAUCAUUGCUGAGGGGCAGGUGAUUAAAGGCCGAUUCAUAGGGGACCCAUCUCACGAAUAUGAGCACACAGUGCCCAAGAAGGUGGGCGAAGGGGAGGCGGCCUAUGAGGAGGAAGUGAUGAAUCACAUCAAAGAGGAGACGCGUCUGGUGGCCACCAUCGCCAUGAUUGACAAGGAGGCAACCACGGUACCGCGAGGAGCCUUCGUCAAGAAUCCACUUGGAGUGGUCAAAAAGAAUCCAUGUUUCCGAGGUCUUCCAGUAAGUGAAGCCAAGAAGCUCAGUUCAUUCUUCCACUUCACCCCAACCGUGUACCCCAAGAAACGGUCACUGUUGGAAAUGGCUGAUCUGGAUCCUUCAAUAGAUUUCCUGGACUCCUUGGAACAUGAUAUCCCCAGAGGGUGCUGGAGUUUGCAGUUUGAGCAGGGGAACAGCGUGGUCGUCCUUCGCAGCCUCCUUUGGAUCGGAAUGACUUUCUAUCACGUCCCACUCACCCCACAGUACGGUUCUGUCUACAUCGGGACUGGGGAGCGGAACGACGACUUACCCUUCAUGAUCUGA